CGGAGCGGCGGGGCCGCGGGGCGGAGCGGCGGGGCCGCGGGGCUGACGGCUGACUGGCUGCUCCCAGCCCGGCUCCUCACUCCUCCUCCGUCGCGGGGACGCGCCCGCACUCACACGCACUCACCCGCCGCGCGGCCAGGCCACCGGCCAGCCUCUCUGCCUCGCGCCCCUCCGGAUCAGAAACUACAUUCUCCGGUAGAACUUCCGUCACACUCGCGGUCCCGUUAAAUUCCCCCCGCCCCCCUCCCCCGAACAGGAGCCGGAGCAUCGGACCGGACCGGACCGGACUAACUCCUGGAUUACCGAGUAGCUCACCCCGGACCCGCCGUGAUUCAGCUCCCAGCAGCGGGCCAGCAGCGGGCCUACACUUCCUCCGGUCCGGUUCUGUCCAAACUUUCCCCCCCCGACCGUCACAGCGACCGGACGGUGACGUCAGCCCCGGGAACAGUCGAGAAGCCGCUGCCGGUUCAGCGGAGAGUUCGCCCGGGACCAGGACCAGGACCGGGACCACGGCUGUCCCCCCGGCUGACCUCCUCGCGCCGGUACUUAUAUCCCCGGUUCGUUCGGAUUCGGCACCGGGCCGAUGGGCUCCGUGUGAGCGGGUCAGCGCGUGGCUUCCACGAGACUCACCGUUUCCUCCGGUCCGGUAGAGGUGAAGCUGACUGAAUGAAAGCAACAAGGUGGGGUGGGCGGAGCCGAGCGAUGGCGGGUGCGUCGGUGAAGGUGGCGGUGCGAGUCCGCCCAUUCAACUCCAGAGAGAUGGGCCGCAACGCCAAGUGUGUGAUCCAGAUGCAGGGAAACACCACCUGUAUCUCAAACCCCAAACAGCCCAAAGAUGGAGCCAAGAACUUCACCUUCGACUACUCCUACUGGUCACACACAACGGCGGAUGACCCCAGCUUCGCCUGUCAGAAGCAGGUGUAUAAGGACAUUGGAGAGGAGAUGCUGCUGCACGCCUUCGAAGGAUACAAUGUGUGUAUCUUUGCGUACGGACAGACGGGUGGAGGGAAGAGCUACACCAUGAUGGGCAAACAGGAGCCUGGACAGGAGGGAAUCAUACCUCAGCUGUGUGAGGACUUGUUCCGGAGAACAGGAGAGAACACAGAUCCGGACCUGACCUACUCUGUGGAGGUCUCCUACAUGGAGAUCUACUGCGAGCGGGUCCGGGAUCUGUUAAACCCAAAGUCCCAGGGGACUCUGCGGGUCCGGGAGCAUCCCAUCCUCGGGCCCUACGUGGAGGAUCUGUCCAAACUGGCUGUGACCGGAUUCAACGACAUCCAGGACCUGAUGGACGCCGGCAACAAGGCUCGGACGGUCGCAGCCACAAACAUGAACGAGACGUCGUCCAGGUCGCACGCUGUCUUCACCAUCGUCUUCACGCAGAAGAGACGAGACCAGAUGACCAGCCUGGACACAGAGAAGGUCAGUAAGAUCAGCCUGGUGGAUCUGGCAGGAAGCGAGCGAGCCGACUCCUCUGGGGCGAAAGGAACUCGACUGAAGGAAGGAGCCAAUAUCAAUAAAUCUCUCACCACGCUGGGGAAAGUGAUCUCAGCUCUGGCUGAAAUGCAGAGCAACAAGAAGAGGAAGAGCGACUUCAUCCCCUACAGAGACUCUGUCCUCACCUGGCUGCUGAAGGAGAACCUGGGAGGAAACUCUCGGACGGCCAUGAUCGCUGCUCUAAGUCCUGCUGACAUCAACUAUGAAGAAACACUGAGCACUCUGAGGUACGCUGACCGGGCCAAACAGAUCCGCUGUAACGCCGUGAUCAACGAAGAUCCCAACGCCAAACUGAUCCGAGAGCUGAAGGCCGAGGUGGAGCGGCUGAGGAACCUGCUGUUCUCCCAGGGCCUGCAGGAGCUGCUGGACAACACUGUCAACAACAACAACGUCCUCGUCGGUCUCGCAGGUGCGUCCCCCUCCCCGCUGCAGCUGGCACUCACAGCCAAUGGGGUCGCAUCGAAGAAUGGCUCCGCCCCUCCGGGUGACUGUCUAGGUGCCGAGCCGCCGUCUGAAGGUGACGCCCCCGCCAACCCCGACCACCUGAUGGAGGACGGCGAGGACGGAGAGGAGGCAGAGCCAAUCAGUAAAGAGGAGGCAGCAGAGAGAUUGCUGGAGACAGAGAAGAUCAUCGCCGAGCUCAACGAGACCUGGGAGGAGAAGCUGAGGAAGACGGAGUCCAUCCGUCUGGAGAGAGAGUCCCUGCUGGCAGAGAUGGGCGUGUCCAUUAAAGAAGAUGGAGGGACGUUGGGCGUCUUCUCUCCUAAAGGAACGCCUCACCUGGUCAACCUCAAUGAAGACCCUCUGAUGUCCGAGUGUCUGCUGUACUACAUCAAGGAGGGCUUCACCAGGGUGGGACAGCAGGACGUGGACAUCAAACUGUCCGGUCACUUCAUCAAAGAGAUCCACUGUGUGUUCGUCAGUGAGACCAACGAGCAGGGAGAAGUGGUCGUCACUCUGGAGCCGCUGAUCGGAGCUGAGACGUACGUCAACGGGAAGCAGAUCAGUGAGGCCGUCGUCCUCAAACAAGGUAACCGCAUCGUGAUGGGGAAGAACCACGUGUUUCGCUUCAACCACCCGGAGCAGGCGAGGCUGGAGAGGGAGCGCAGCCUCCCGGCCGACCAGCAGGGCGAGCCAGAGGACUGGAACUACGCCCAGAAGGAGCUGCUGGAGAAACAAGGCAUCGACAUCAAACUGGAGAUGGAGAAGAGACUGCAGGACAUGGAGAUUCAGUACCGGAAAGAGAAGGAGGAGGCAGAUCUGCUGCUGGAGCAACACAGACUGUAUGCAGACAGUGACAGUGGAGACGACUCUGACAAACGCUCCUGUGAGGAGAGCUGGAGGCUGAUCUCCUCCCUGAGAGAGAAACUACCUGCUAACAAGGUACAGUCCAUAGUGAAGCGCUGUGGACUGCCCAGCAGUGGGAAGAGGAGGGAGCCUCUCAGAGUCUAUCAGAUCCCUCAGAGGAGGAGGAUCAGCAAGGACCCCAAGAGGGUCACCAUGGAAGACCUCCGCAUGCAGGCGGUCAAAGAGAUCUGCUAUGAGGUGGCUCUGGGAGACUUCCGUCACUCCCGUCAGGAGAUCGAAGCGCUGUCCAUCGUCAAGAUGAAGGAACUCUGCCGCAUGUACGCCAAGAAGGACUCCAACGAGAAGGACAGCUGGAGGGCCGUGGCCCAGGACGUCUGCGACACUGUGGGCAUCGGAGAGGAGAGGAGCCCCCCGGCUGAGGAGGGAGGUGGAGGAGGAGGUGGAGGUGGAGGAGGAGGAGGAGAGACGGGGGAGGGAGGACAGAAAAAAAACGUGUACGAUCUGAAGGCCCACAUCGAUAAACUGACUGAUAUUCUGGAGGAGGUGAAGCUGCAGAACAACAUGAAGGACGAGGAGAUCAAAGCUCUGAGGGACAGAAUGAUCAAGAUGGAGAGCAUCAUACCUGUGCAGGACGAUGGUGAGGACGGCGAGGAUGAAGGGUCACCGCAGAGAGACGGGGGCGGGGAGGGCACCCGCCAACCGGAGGUCAGGGUGAAGAAACUGAUGGACGAGGACCCGGCGUUCAGGAGGGGACGUCUCCGCUGGCUGAAGCAGGAACAGCAGCGAAUCUUGAACCUGCAGCAGCAGAACAUCACCAAGAAACUACGAGGACAGACCCAGAACCAGAACCAGGGUCAGAACUCCCCCGUCGUCCCCGUCCACCUUCCUGGGACCGGCCGCUUUAUCCCGCCACAGGAGUGCAAGCUCAAGUUCCCCUUCAAGAGUAACCCCGCCCACCGGUUGUCAUGGGGACCAGCCAGCGCCGCCCUGCAGGCUCUGGGUCUGGGGGAGGGAGGAGAUGGGGGAGAGUACAAGGAGGAGGGAGGAGUGAUGGAGGGUAAAGGUUCUCCCUCACCUCCUCCUCCUCUCCCUCCUCAGGGUCAGACUCCUGCCCUCCUGCCCCUCCCCUUCCAGGCCCCGCCCCCUCGCAUGCGCACGCCCAGCCCUCAUCGCGCUUGGCAACAGCGUAACCAGGGAAACUUCUUCCAAAACAACCAGCACCGCUACCGCCGCAACUCUCUGGACAGCUCCGCCCACGGCAACAGUAACUAUGAUAACAACCAGCAUCAUGGCGGCGGCGGCGGCGGCCACCAGGGGCGACCGAGACAGAGGCGGGGGGUGUCGCCUGUGCCGGGAGGGGAGAGAGGCGGGGGGAGGGGAGGAGGAGGGGGGAGGGACAGAGACGGAGGCUUCCAUUAUAAUCAACACCAGCACCAUCAGUACCACCACCACCCCUACUACAACCCCCACAAUGCACCAUUCCAGCCAGGCCCUCACCCCAACUACCACAGCCUGCCGCGCUCCGGGGUCCCGCCCCCUCCCGACAUGCUGCUGGGGCCGGGUCCACCGCCGCCGCCCAUGGGGUGGGGCUUCAACACCCCGCCCAGGAUGAGACGACAGUUCAGCGCACCGGACCUCAAAAACAACAAGGAGACCCCCAUCUGACCUCUGACCCCAGGGAGGCCUCUGAUUGGCUGCAGGACACUGGGUGGUCUUGAUGCUGUACAGAAUGGGCUGUGUGUGUGUGUGUGUGUGUGUGUGUGUGUCAGCGUGUGUGUGUGUCAGCGUGUGUGUAGCUUGCUCCUAGCCUCUACAUUAGCAUGGGUUAGCUGUUUCCAUGGCGACACUGUUUUAGGAGGUGGAUUCGUUUGUUUUGUAAUUUUUGCAGUCUGUCAAACAGGAAGUGUAUCACAUUAUGAUUUAGAUUUAUUGAUUUCCUUGAAUGCUGAUAUUCUGGUGAUUUUCUGAUCAGUCGUUAAUAACGAGGUGCCUUAAAGCUGAGCUGUUAGCUCCUGCGACUAGUUACUGUUAGCACAAAUCUCCUGUUGAAGCUGUUUUUUACUUAAAGAUGAAGUAUGUCGGAUUGUUCACGGGCGUUUGUACUUAAACGGACUUGAGUUUUAACUGUUAGCAGCUGUUAGCCCAGGAGGCUAACUGGCCUGGUUCAGCCUGAGAGGUCUGUGUUAGCUUGGGCUAGUAAGUUAGCUUGAGUGGGGAGCAACGAGUGGCUUUUCACACUAAUGAACUGAAUCAUCGUAUGUGGUGAAGUGCUACACAAGCCCAAGAUUUGCACAGUUGAAAGAAUUAGCCUAGCCUAGCCUAGCCUAUACAGGGCAGCAUUCAGGUUGUGUGGGAGUGUCAGGUUGUUCGACUUCAGCAGCAGCUUGGACAUGAUCAACAUCCUGUCGAUCACCAGCAACAGAAACAAAUAUACAGACUGAGCGGCACGUUUCAGAAUGUCAGCGCUCUCUGGCUCUCUGGACAAACUCUGUAAUGGCGGCCGAUUACGCCACAUUUGUUUACUGCAGCUCUCGGCCACUUUGGACAUAAACACUAGUUCUCACAUCUGAGCAGCUAAAACUAACAAAUGUUUGACAUUAACAGGUGGAUUCAGCGCCUCGUCUCUCUUUAAAAUGAAUCCUGUGAUGUUGCUGUCAGCCAGGUGAGAGCUGGCCUGAAGCUCGUAGUUUCCGUUUCUCCCAUGCCACUUGAAUGCUGCGUCGCCGAUUGCUACAAACCAAAGAGAGCUGACAGACACACUGCUGUACAGACGGAGGGACGGAGGGACGAUCAUUGUGUCGGAGGGAGGCGAGGAGGCGUUGGAUCUUUUUAAAGCGUUGUGUGUAUAUUUGAAGUGUAUCCUGACUUGUGUUGUGUUUUAUGAAGAUGAAUCUAUUUUACAAACAGGCUGCGACAUUUUGAAACUUGCUUGACUUCAACGUCGCCGGCAAUCGUGGGAAAUGUAGAAAGUGAAGCCUCAUGGGAGAUGUAGAACUUAUUUAACUGACAUGGGAUGAGAUGUAGGAGACCCGAUGGAUUAUGAUGUAUGUAGGGCCGCGUGAGCAAGGAACUCUGGGAAAUGUAGUUUUAGGCUGAAGGGACGAGAGAAGAAGGAAGAGUGAGACACUAAAAGAAAUCUGAGAUACGAUAAGCUUUGAAGAAACACUACGACAUGUUCUGUGGGAUUUGAACCUUUACUGAGUUAUUGUGAGUUUAUUGUUAUUGUGUCGACGUCAGUUGCAGAAAGAAGGGAUGAAGGAUGAACCGUUGCCUUCAUGAGACGUCCGGAAGUUGAAAAUUGUGGCUUUUUCCCGUCUGAUGUUGCAUCUAAUGUCACUUUACUGAUCAACACAAUGAAAUGUGUUGGCGUUAAACUUGUUGUGAGAAAUGUUUUUUUUUUCUAUUGUUGACUGAAUCUGCCAGAAGUAGAAGAAAUAAAGACAUAAAUAAAUAAAGGACUCUAUAAAUCAAUCAAACAUGAGUCAUUGAUGAGUCGGUCUGUGUUCAGAGAGAAGCAGCGACUGUUUCUGCUCCAUGACAGACUUUGAUUAUCUGAUGAGUUGAAACGUCAGAGCAGAUCUUGAAUGCAGCAUCGUGAGAUGGUUCUUUCACUGUUGUGUUCACUGCCCCUCUGAAAUAUAGGAAGUUAUAAUAAGAACCACGGAGCCACAAAUUUCCCACUUCCCACGUCAGACCUGAACGCAGCAUUGGUGUCUAACCUGCCCUGAAUGAUGACGUGUUUACUGUUGGGAGGAGCUGCGAGUUAGCGGCCCUGCCCAAACCCCGCCCACUCAGAGCAAGGCAUUGUGGGAGAUGACGAGUGGAGCGUCUUUGUGCUCCGUGACUUCAAGACCUUAUCAGGUCAGAACCAACCAAUGGGAGCGCUCCUUCGACCGCACAGCGGCAGGGAGUCGCCGUGACGAUGAUGACAAAAACAAAAGGAACUGAUUGUGAUUGGCCAGAGAAGCAUGACAUCAGCAGGAUUUGUUUCCGCCUUGUUUUGCUCUGCUGGCUCUGGAACCAACCAAUCACAGGACAAUCUGGAUAACCUGCUGCCACCACCGGGGCUGAUGGGAAACGAUGUUUCCUUUUUAUGUUUUGUUCUUUUUUUCUGUUUUUAAAAACAAACAUUUUUUAUGUCCAGCCGAGGCUUCUGAUUGGCUCUUUUCUCUUCUUCGUGUAUUCAUUUGCUUCUUGUCCUGAAUAUUUUAACCCCGCCUACAUGUUUGACCUUUGCUUUGUGAUGUCAUCACGUCAUCAUCGCUGUUAUUAAUAUAAUUACGAUUAAGUGUCUUUAAUGUUGGGUUCUGUUGGAUGCUGCUACAGGGAGCUUCACCCUCAUGCAACCGUCUGAGUGUGUGUUUGUGUGUGUGUGUGUGGGUUGGAUGUGUGUGUCCGAGUGUGUGUGUGGGUGUGUUGGACGUGUGUGUUGGAUGUGUGUGUCUGAGUGGUGUGUGUGCGUGCAGGUUAAUUAGAAUCAUAAUCUUUGGUGUGUUUUUGUUAAAGCUGAUUUUAUUGUUUCUUCUAAUCGUCUGUUUAGUUUGUUGUGUUGGAGGUUUGAGGAGGGGGAGGGGCCUGAUGAGGAGGAGGGGCCUGGGGGAUGGGGCAUUGCCGAGGUAACUCUACACAGAAUUCCGGAACAUUCUAGAACCCUCACUGACUGGCCCCGCCCAUUCCCUACAGCCCUGCCACCCUCACGACCUCAGACUCUGUGACAUCACAGCACGAUGUGGCCUCAGGACUCUGGGACACAUGAUGACAUCAUGGUCUAGCCCUCCUCCUAUUGGCUCAGAGCCCCUCAGACGUUUUGUUUCCUUCCUGUCUGUUGUUGUUUUCAUUGUAUCAGGAACCAAUCUCAGGCUCUACCUGCAGACAACACGAUGGCAAUAAAGUGUCGACGAGACUGAAAACUGAA